AUGGCCGAAAACAAAGUAUUACUUUCUGUUCCUAUAGUUGAUAUUUCUCUAUAUUUAAAUAGAUCAGAAGGAUAUUAAAAAUAAUGCCUUGAAGUUUCUGAUGCCUUACAUAAAUUUGGUUGUGUUAUUAUUAAAGAUCCUAGAAUAAACUAAAGUCAUAAUGAUUAAUUUAUUAACUUAUUUGAAAAAUAUUUUUUAAGUCGUGGUGAAAUGUAUUAUUAAGGCUAAAAAAUAAAAGAAGCUUUUCCUGAAUGGGGUUAUUAAUCUGGAGUAACUCCUCCAUUUAAAGAGCGUGCUAGAAUCCACUAAAAAUUAGUUGAAUAAUUUUAAGGAGAAAACAAAGUCCAUACCCCUUAACCCCCACCUUAUGAUGCUAAAUGGAGAUAUUUUUAUAGAAUCGGUGAAUUACCUGAAAAUAGAGGGACAUAAUUUUGCCCACCAAAAGUAGUUCCUGAAGAUUUUCCCGAUUUUGAAAAAACUUGUGAAUAAUGGGGAUAUUUAAUGCUUGGGGGAUGCGAAACAGUAGCCAAAAUGGCUGCCAUAGGAAUGGGAUUGCCUGAAGAAGUUUUUACAGAAAAAAUGAAAGGUGGAGAUCAUUUAUUAGCACCGACAGCUUCUGAUUUAGUUAAAAAUGAUAAAGGAAGUGUUUUUGCAGGAUUUCAUUAUGAUUUAAAUUUUCUUACUAUACAUGGUAAAAGUAGAUAUCCUGGACUUUUUAUUUGGUUGAGGACAGGUGAAAGGAUUUCAGUUUCUAUUCCUGAAGGAUGCUUAUUAUUGUAAGCUGGUAAAUAAUUUGAAUGGUUAACAGGAGGAUAUGUUACGUGCGGAUUUCAUGAAGUUUAUUAUACUGACUAAGUGUUAAAAAAGAGAGAUGAGGCGAUAUAAAAUAAUUAAAUUCCUUGGAGAAUAUCUUCUACUUUCUUUUCUCAUAUUAGAUUUGAUGCCUUUUUGGAACCAGUUGGUAAAUUUGCUACUUAGGAAGCAUUGGAGAAAUUCCCGAAAAUUAGAGCUUUGGAUUAGGUUUUAGAAGAAAUUAAGAUUAUUGAAUUAAAAAAAGAUUGAUAUAUAUAUUUAUAUUAUAUAUCUGAUUUUAAAAGAUUUUUUUUUAAAUUAAAAAUAAUAUAAUAUAAAAAAUUUAUAGAAAU